UCCCUCCUCAGUCCACACUGCAAUUCAAUCGAGAGAGAGGAAGGCGAUGGCUCGGCAGGCCGCCGCGAAGUUGAUCGGCUCAAUCGCGUCGGAGAAACCAUCUUCCCUUCUUGGCUUGGCUCGGAGCUAUGCGGCUGCAGCUGCGGCGGCUCCGCCGCAGGCGGCCGUCUUCGUGGACAAGAACACUCGCGUGAUAUGCCAGGGCAUCACCGGGAAGAAUGGCACCUUCCACACUGAACAAGCCAUAGAGUAUGGCACGAAAAUGGUGGGGGGUGUGACACCGAAGAAGGGUGGAACAGAACACUUGGGACUUCCUGUAUUCAAUUCAGUUGCUGAAGCAAAGGCUGAAACCAAGGCUAAUGCUUCUGUCGUUUAUGUUCCUCCACCAUUUGCUGCCGCUGCUAUUAUGGAAGCAAUGGAAGCUGAAUUGGAUCUUGUUGUAUGUAUUACAGAAGGGAUUCCGCAGCAUGAUAUGGUGAGAGUCAAGGCUGCACUCAACAGCCAAUCAAAAACUCGGUUGAUCGGGCCUAACUGCCCUGGUAUCAUCAAGCCCGGGGAAUGUAAAAUUGGGAUCAUGCCUGGAUACAUUCACAAGCCUGGUCGUAUAGGGAUAGUUUCUCGUUCCGGUACCUUGACUUACGAAGCAGUUUUCCAGACAACUGCCGUUGGCCUAGGACAAUCAACUUGUGUCGGCAUUGGUGGCGACCCAUUCAACGGGACAAAUUUUGUUGAUUGCAUUAGAAGGUUUCUUGUAGACCCUCAGACAGAAGGGAUAGUUCUGAUUGGAGAAAUUGGCGGCACUGCAGAAGAGGAUGCUGCUGCAUUAAUUAAGGAAAGCAAUACAGAGAAGCCUGUCGUAGGAUUUAUUGCUGGACUGACUGCUCCCCCUGGGCGUCGUAUGGGUCAUGCUGGAGCUAUUGUGUCCGGAGGGAAGGGCACGGCCCAAGACAAAAUCAAGACUCUCAGGGAAGCUGGUGUUACAGUGGUGGAGUCUCCCGCAAAAAUUGGCACGGCCAUGUUUGAUGUCUUCAAGCAGAGAGGCCUUGUCAAUUGAUGCGGUUCACUGUCAGCAUUUUGCCUUCCUAUAGCAUUGCAGAAUCUUAAACAAGGUCAAUGCUCCAUUUUUCUGCAUUUAAUAUUCCUCUUUGGAGAUGUUUGUUCUUUUCGUGCUUGGGGUUUCCCCUUUUGGUAAUCCAGACGAUCAGA